GGCUGAAGACCUGCUGGCCGAACAGGCUAGACCUGAACGAAACCAUCUAUCUGAUUGUCGGUCUGUCAGCAGGUUCGAUUUUGAUUGGGUGCAUCACGUUUAUCUUCGACUAGUUCAAAUAUAGAAGAAAACCUUUUGAAUGAGUUGAUGGCCAACUAUGAUAAGAGAAUCCGUCCAGCCAAGUUUUACGGGGAUAUUAUUGACGUGACGCUGAAACUUACACUAACCAAUCUCAUCUCAUUGAAUGAAAAGGAGGAGACACUUGCCACAAACGUAUGGAUUGAAAUCCAAUGGCAAGAUUAUCGUUUAUCUUGGAAUAAGUCCAAUUAUGCUGGCAUUGACCUGGUCAGAAUCCCUUCCUCCAUGGUCUGGCUUCCUGAAAUCGUCCUUGAGAACAAUGUUGAUGGUCAGUUUGAAAUUGCUUACUACGCUAACGUUCUUGUCUACGAUAAUGGCAAUAUCUAUUGGCUGCCACCUGCUAUAUAUCGUAGUACCUGUCCAAUUGCUGUGACAUUCUUCCCAUUUGACUGGCAAAACUGUUCCCUCGUCUUCAGGUCCCAGUCUUACAAUGCCCGUGAAAUUAACUUGGAGUUAUCGGAAGAAGAAGGAAAGUUGAUCGAAUGGAUUCAUAUAGAUCCUGAAGAUUUCACUGAAAAUGGGGAGUGGACAAUAAAGCACAAACCAGCAAAGAAGAACAUUAACAGCCACUUCACAUUGGAUGAUAUCGAGUACCAGGAGAUUAUCUUCUUCCUGAUCAUCCAGAGGAAACCGCUAUUCUACGUCAUUAACAUCAUUAUUCCCUGUGUUCUCAUCUCAUCACUGGUAGUUCUGGUCUAUUUCCUUCCAGCACAAGCUGGGUGUCAAAAAUGUACGCUUUCCAUAUCUGUCCUGCUGGCUCAGACCGUCUUUCUGUUUCUGAUUGCACAGAAGAUUCCAGAAACAUCAUUGAAUGUCCCACUCAUUGGAAAAUAUUUAAUAUUUGUGAUGAUUGUCUGUACAUCGAUCGUAACAAACUGCGUCAUCGUCCUAAAUGUUUCCCUGAGGACACCAAACACCCACAGCAUGUCUGAGAAGAUCAAACAUGUGUUCCUGGAAUUCCUGCCUCAGUAUCUGGGCAUGCACUUGGAGUCUUCCGAGGAUUCCUGGGACGUGCCGCAACCGAGGCGCAGGAGUUCAUUUGGGAUUAUGAUAAAAGCGGAGGAAUAUAUUCUCAAAAAACCGCGGAGUGAACUGAUGUUUGAAAGACAGCGAGACAGACAUGGGCUGAAGAGGGUGAACAAGACGACUGCAGGCACAGAGAUUGACGUCGGAACCACGGUUGACCUGUACAGAAACCUGGCUCACUUCGCUCCAGAGAUAAAGACCUGCGUUGACGCCUGCAACUUUAUAGCCAAAAGCACAAAGGAACAGAACGAUUUUGGUUCUGAGAAUGAAAACUGGAUUCUGAUUGGAAAAGUUAUCGACAAGGCUUGCUUCUGGAUUGCACUUCUCCUCUUUUCCAUUGGCACCGUGACCAUCUUCCUCACUGGGCACUUUAACCUGGCGCCAGAAUUCCCUUUUGCAGGAGACCCCAGGAAAUAUACACCAGAUUAAUAGGCAGCGAUGUAUCUGAACUUUGCAACGCAGUGGGGUUGUUGGCUGGGGCGGGAUUUACACAGCCCUCCUUGAUCACCUUUAAGCUGAUUCUUUAUCACAUUUUGC